AUUCCCAUCUCCUAGCCCUAAAGAGAGUCUCAUUCUCAUCUCCUGAAACAAAGAAAGAAAGGAUUGGAAGGAGAAGGAUCGACUCUCUGAUCGCCCGAGACGCGCCUGAUUCCGACACCGAAACUCUUCUCUCGAAAAAUGGUGGCGAGAAGGCCGCAGCAGGACGGGCUUCCACCGGGAUGGACCGUACAAUUGAAACAGAUGAGGAGUGGUCGCACAAUUAGGUAUUUCAUGAAUUCUCAAACUGGUCAAAAGUUCUCCUCGAAGGAAGAUCUCAUUCGCUAUGUUAAAAUGAAGAGUACCCUAACUUCUCAAAAUGAAGACCCUCCGACAACUAAGAAACACAUUGAUAGGCAUUCAGAAAAUAUGGACAUACAAGUUGUAAAGAAAACUAAUGAAGAAUGGUUACCUGAAGGCUGGGAAGUGGAAAGUAAAACCCGUAACAGUGGUGCACGUAGUGGAACCAAGUAUAAGUGCUAUAUUGAUCCAUCAACUGGAUCUAAAUUUUACUCAAAGCCAGAGGUUUUUCGGUAUCUUGAAGGCGUGAAGCAUCAAAGCUGCUUAUCCACUCAGAAGAAAUCGGGCUCUGUUGUGCAUUCUACAAGCAAAGUUGUGAUUGAGAAGUCGGAAGUGACGGAUUUACCACGAGGAUGGAUUAAGGAACUCAAGAUAAAAACAGUUGCAAAUAGAGUCAGAAAAGACCCGUACUACACGGAUCCAGUGUCUGGAUAUGUAUUCCGCUCCAAGAAGGAUGUUUUGCGCUAUCUUGAAUCUGGAAAGAUCAGUAAAAGUGCUUUUCUAUCGCAGAAAAGGCACAUCAAUGAUCCAGAGUUGAUUGACAACAAAACCUCUGCAUCAUGUGCAACUAAAAGGCAGAAACUACAACACCCUGCUAGCAUACUGCAGCCUUUUACAGGUAAGCAGAGUUCUAAUAGAAGCGGUUUAGCAGUUCCAGAAAAUGAGGCCUCAAAAAAAAUACUGCGCAGGAGGGGGUCUGUAGGGACUAUGUUUUCUGUAGGUUCCACAGAUGAGACUCUUUCAGAAAAGGCUUCAGUGGAGAAACGAAAUGAUCGUUAUGACUGUCCUUCAACUAAUUAUGAUGCUGUCUUGACUCCUGCACAUGACCUGAAAGGGAAGAGCUUCCUUGAUAGUGGGAUGGAAAAAAGUAGUAGGAGUAGCAAUAAUUCUAGCAAAUCCAAUAAGAAGAAAUGGCGUAACCUGCCUUGCCGGUCUUCAAAAAGACUUGCAGGGCUUCAUUCACUACUUCCAAAGGUUGAAUUGUCCGAAAGAAAUCAGCAGGAUAGUACUCCUACUGAUGAUAGGGCUGUUUCAAAUUCUGCAUCUGACCUGUUGGGGAUGAACUCGCUUGAGUGUGAGAUGGAGAAAAGUAGCAGUAGAAGUAGGAAUAAUUCUGGCAAAACCAACAGGAAGGAAGGGCUUGUUCUCCCUUGCCGAUUUUCGAAACGUACUUCUGGGCUUAAAACAGUACUGCCGAAAGUUGAAUUUUCCGAGUCAAAUCAUCAAAAGAUUACUUUGAGUGGUGAUAAGGUUUUCAAUUCUUCAGCUGACCUGAUAGGGAAGAAUUCACUUGAGAGUAAGAUGCAGAAAGGUAGCAAUAGAAGUAGUAGAAACAAUUCUGGCAAAUCUAAUAAGAAGGGCGGGCUUGACCUGCCUCGCCGAUCUUCAAGAAGACUUGCUGGGCUUAAAGCAGCUAUACCAAAAGUUGAAUUGUCCGAGACCAAUCAGCAGGAGAUUCCUUUGAGUGAUAAUAAGACUGUUAUAAAUUCUGCGUCUGAGUUGAUAACGGAGAACUCACUUGAGAAAGGGAUGGAGAAAAGUAGCAGUAAAAAGAGCAGCAAUAAUUCUGGAAAAUCCAAUAAGAAGAGCACGAUUGAUGUGCCUCGACGAUCUUCAACGAGACUUGCGGGGUUUAAAGCUGAUAUGUCUAAGAACUCAUCCUGUGAGCAAGUGCCUCAGAGUGCAGUGAUCGAAAGUGAAAAUGAAGUUGUUCCGGCUGUGGGCUUUACCUCAAAUAGUUUGGCAGAUGAAGGGUCUGGCCCAUAUGAGGCUAGGCCCAUCACAGAACUUGCUAGGCAUGCUUUUAUUGUAGAAAGUAUUCCUUCAGUUGGAGAGCUAUUGAACAAGAGUGAAAAGUCUCUUGAUGACCAAGUCAUGCCUACAGAGCAAUUUCAAACACUUGAAGCUGAGAAAUCUGACUUGCGGUUUAGGGACCCAUGCUUAGAGUUUGCAUUCAAGACCCUUACAGGUGCAAUGCCACUUGAGGAUUCUGUUGCUGACAUGCCGAUUUCUACUUGUGCAGCUGAUAUCCUGCGUGAAAAGAACUUGCAUGACGGCAAGAUGGGAAAGAGCUGCAACAAGAAAUUUUGGACUGAUGUUGGUGGAACCAACGAUAAGAUAGAGCUAAACAUGCCGUCUUGGUCAUUUAAAGAAACUGCUCUGCUUCAAAAUGAACUGGUUGGCAGCUCAGCUCUAAAGAUUUCUGCUGGAAAGUCUUGUCAAACUGAACCCAAUCUAGAUUUUGAUUUGGCUGUAGAUAAUUUGCCCAAUGGAGCUUCACAGAGGUUCAAUAGUUGGCCAGAAAUGGCAUUUUCACGUCAUGAUUCACUACACUCAAAUGCCCCAUUACAUGAAGGACCAUCAAAGAGCAAGCAGAGUCUCAAAGAUCAAAUUGUUGCUGAAGAGGAACCUCAGCCCAUUGAAUCUGAUAAAGUUAAUGGUGAUAAGCCAGUGUCACAGGUUGUUUUUCCUUCUGGGGACUAUUGGUCAGAUCCAUGCCUAGAAUUUGCAUUUAAAACUCUUACAGGUGCAAUACCAUUGGAUAAUUUUGCAAUUUCGGAUUUCCCUCAGCAACAUCUGGACACUUCACAUAAAGAGAGGGAUGGUAGCUUGGCACCGAUUACAGAUUUCCCUCAGCCACAGCUGGACACUUCCCCUAAAGAAAGGGAUGGUAACUUGGCACCGCCUGAUUUCGGCUUACCCUGCGAUUUCCAAAGUGUUAUUUCAUCCCACUUUGAUGCAUCACAAAGACAACCUGGUACAAGACAGCAGCUACCAUUGAAUCCUUCUGUCCCCCCCACCACCAGGGAAUAAGAGCUCACCAAGUUGCGGUGCUGUUGGUGCUCAACAGCCUUUUAUGGAGUAGAAUAAGGAUAUUCAAGGAAAGGUGAGCUCCUAGAGCCAUUCUUUCCAAUUAUUAUCGUGCUAGAUGUAUUUGAGAAUGUAUAGGUCCUACCCUUUUCGCUUCUGGCCUUUUGGAUAUUUAAUCUAGUAACUUAUGCCUUCCAAAAUGUGCGAUAUCCCCUUUUGGGAAUUCUCCUCCGAGAUACCCAGCAUGUUAUGUUUGGGAAAUGUAGGGACCAGUAUUUAGCUUGUUCUAAUGUCGUUAUGUGCGUAUUUGAAUUUAGACCUAUUUUCUGCACUAGUGGCAAAACAAUUUGUAGGGAUAAUUGAUUCUGUAGAUACGUAUGAGGUAGCUUUGUGCUCUUGCACAUGGUGUUGUUUUGUAAAACCAGACAUUGUGGGUGUCGUCUGAGAGUGAAUUCGAGUAGAGCUUGACAAAUGCUUUGCUCUUAAAAUGAUUUGGAUCCUGCUUGUAUUACAGUUGAAGUGUAAGCAUUCACCAAUAAGCAGAAUGGUGAUAAUCAGAUGCUUGUAUACCAAGCCUUUUGGUCUGCAUUUAA